AUGCCCUCUCAACAGCAUUCCGAGAAGCAGCUCAGCUUCGGCACCAACGCAGUCCACGCCGGCCUACCUCACGACCCUACAACAGGCGCCCUCUCCGAGCAGAUAUGCCUCGCCACAACCUUUGCCCAGCCAGACAUCAACCAGCCCGCGAGCAAAUACAUCUACUCCCGCUCCAACAAACCCAACCGCGAGAGCUUCGAGCAGGCCCUCGCAACGCUCGAGCACGCCAAGCAUGCCCUGGCCUUCUCCUCCGGACUGGCAGCAACGGCUGCUGUGAUCCACGGCCUCGUCACCCCCGGUGGACACGUCAUCUGCAACGCGGACCUGUACGGCGGCACGUACCGUUUCCUUACGAGGCUCGGCGCUGUUGCGGUAGACUUUGCGCCUUCUCUCGAAAGAGACAUGGCCACGUUCGUUAGGGAUGAUACGCAGCUUAUAUGGAUCGAGACGCCGAGCAAUCCUACCCUUUCGCUGGUUGAUAUUCGUGCCGUGACGGAGAUUGCUCAUGCGCGGGGCAUUAUGGUGGUCGUGGACAGCACUAUGUUGUCGCCGUAUCUCCAGAAUCCAUUGGACCACGGCGCCGAUAUCGUCCUGCACUCCGUGACGAAGUACAUCAACGGGCACAGCCUCGCCUUCGUCCAGACAGCAGCCGGGUCCGUCCCGAGCCCCUUUGACUGCUGGUUGGCCCACCGCGGCCUCAAGACUCUGCACCUCAGAGUCCAUACCGCCUCAGCCAGCGCGGCGGCUCUCGCGAGUCUCCUCGAGGCGUAUCCUCAUGUUCUGGCGGUCAACUACCCAGGCCUGCCCUCCCACCCGCGGAGACAGAUAGCGCAGAGACAGCACCGGGCUGGUAUGGGCGGCGCCAUGGUUUCGUUCCGUAUCAGGGGCGGCGGAGACGCCGCGGCGCGGUUUUGUAAGGCGACGAAGUACUUCACGCUGGCGGAGAGCUUGGGCGGCGUGGAGAGCCUGUGUGAGAUACCGGCGCGCAUGACGCACGCGUCCAUGCCACGCGAAGAAAGGGAGAGCGUGGGUGUGUAUGAUGAUUUGGUUCGGUUGAGUCUCGGUGUUGAGGAUGUGGAGGAUCUGAAGGGGGAUCUUGAGUUGGCUUUGGCUGAAGCUGUGAAAGAUCAGUAG